AUGGAUUGGUCGACACAUUCCCGCGCAACGGCUCAGCCGGUACUUUCUGGUCGAAGGAAUCGCCUCGAAAGCCCCCUGUCCCUAAUCCAUGUCAGCGGCGCCGCUAUCUACGAGGCUAUCGAGUUAUCGCCAUCGUCGGAGAAUGGCUGUAUUUUCCAAACUUUGCCCAUCUCGUUCCCCGUCCCUCGUCGCUGGAUCCCGACCGGGGACUAG